UUUCCCCCAGCCUGCAGCUCGCCGUCCCUGCCCCUCCCCCCCGCCGCCGUCGCCGCCGUCGCCGCCCUGGCCCGGGGGGGGGAGCAGCAGCUCCAGGCCCUGGAGGUGCUGGCCGCCUUAGGCCCCGCCCACGUGGGGGAGGGGCUGCUGGAGGCGCUGGAGCUCGCGCUGCGAUUGGCCGAGGACGACGGCGACUCCGAGGCCACCAGGGUCGCUCUGGCGCUGCUGGCGGCCGUCUCGGAGCUGUUGGGGAGGGGGCGGCGCCGCUGCUGCCGCGGGCGCUGCCCGUCCUGCAGGGGGCGCUGCGGCCCCCGCCCCCGCCGCCCCCCUCCGACGCCCCUGAUUGGCUGCUGAAUCUCCAUGACGACCCCGAGGGGGCGGAGCCUAUGGAGGACGACAGCGAGGAGUGGGCGGAGCCUCAGGAGGUGGAAAUGGGCGGAGCUUUCCCCGGAUUGGCCGAGGCGGCGCUGGGAGCGCUGGGGGAGCUGGCGGAGAACUGCGGCUCCGCCUUGUUGCCCUACCUGGAUCCCACCCUGGCGGCCAUCUUGGAUCUGACUCAGUUCCCCCAGUGCCAGGUCAGAGCCGCCGCCUACGAGGCCCUGGGGAGCGUCUGCUGCUGCGGGAGGGAGCCCCAGACUGCGCCCUCCCCCGUCCACCAGGGGGCGCUCCAGGCCCUCCUGAGGGGGCUCGGGGCCGACCCGGAAGUGGGCGGGGCCCUGGGGGCGGUGGGCGGGGUCGGGCGGAUCCUGCAGCCCCCAGGCCACGCCCACAAGGAGUGGCUGGAGCCCAUUGGACGAGCCCUGUGUGACGUCAUCACCGGGGAGAUCGCCUGCCUGAGGUCGCGGGGGGGACGGCGACGAGGACGAGACCUCCCAGCGCUCCGAGCUCCGCGAGACCGCCUCCGAUUGGCUGCCGGAGCUGGGCGUGGCCAUGGCCCGGGAGGGCGUGGCCGGCACCGGAGGGGGCGUGGCCUUCCCGCCCCGCCUCUUCCGCCGCCUCCUCCCCUCCCUAUUGGCCGCCCUGGCCGACCCCGCCCACCCGGGGGCGCGCUCCUGGGCGGCGGCCGUGAUUGGCCAGCUGGGCCACGCCCUGGGGGCGGAGGCCACGCCCUUCCUGCCGGAUUUGGGCCCCGCCUUCCGAUUGGCCGCCGGCGACCCCGACGACGAGGUCAGGGCCAACGCCUUCUACGCCAUUGGCCGGAUCGGGGAGGCCGUAGGACACGCCCACCGGGAGGGGGCGUGGCCGGGGGCGGAGCUCUGCUGCCACGCCCUCCGGCCCGGGGGGGGAGGGGCCCGGCCGGGUCCGGGACAACGCGAUGGGAGCGCUGGUGCGCCAGCAGGGGGCGCUGCGCGACACGGUACUGGUCAGACUGGGCGCUGCUGCUCCUGCUGGGGGCGCUGCCGCUGUCGCAGGAUCUCGAGGAGGAGGAGCCGGUGCUGCGCUUCCUGCUGGGGCGGGGCCCGACACGCUCCUCCCGCACCUCCCCGAGCUCGUGCGCGGCGUCGGCCCCGCCCUGGCCCUGGGACGGCUCCAGCCCGGUGGGCGGGGCCGACCCCCAGCGCUUCCGGGAGGGCGUGGCCUCGCUGGACCCCGCCCACGCCGCCAUCUUGUCUGGGAUGUUGGGUGACGUCAUCGGCAGCCAAUAA